CAAUGCAUAUGUACAAUCUAUUUCAUCUCUUAAUAAUCCUCUUCUUUAUUUUUCAUUCCAUCUAUUUAAUUUCUUAGAAAGAUCAAUUUUGGUAAUUCAUACACUUAUGGCUCAUAAAAGAGCAUACUAUAGCCUUUUCAUGCUCUCUAUGCUAACCAUUUAUUUUGUCCCAAUUUUUGGUGACACAAAUGGUCAAAUUUUGAUUAGGUUCAGAAGCUUUUUGUCCAAUAACAAUGCUUUAAACAAUUGGAUUGAUGAGUCUAAUUUGUGCAAUUGGGUUGGUUUAUUAUGCACAAACAACAACUUUUAUGGUUUGAGACUAGAAAACAUGGGACUAGGUGGUAAAAUUGAUGUAGACACAUUAUUGAAGUUAUCAAAUUUUGUUAGUUUUAGUGUCAUGAACAAUUCAUUUGAGGGUCCAAUGCCUGAAUUCAAAAGGGUUGUGAAGUUAAGGGGAUUAUUUUUGUCCAAUAAUAAAUUUUCAGGUGAAAUUUUAGAUGAUGCUUUUGAGGGUAUGGGAAAUCUUAAAAGGGUGAUUUUGGCAGGAAAUGGUUUCAAUGGUCAUAUACCUAUUUCCCUUGCUAAAUUGCCUAAGCUUUUGGAUUUGGAUUUGCAUGGAAAUAGUUUUGGAGGUAAUAUACCUGAAUUUCAACAAAAGAGUUUUAGAAAAUUUGACUUGUCUAAUAAUCAAUUGGAGGGUCCAAUACCACAAAGCUUAAGCAAUGAGCCCUCAUCCUCUUUUUCUGCCAACAAAGGCCUAUGUGGAAAACCUUUGAGCAAUCCAUGCAACAAUUCCCCAACCAAAUCAAUUGUGCAUCCCAACCAAGCUCCUUCAUCUCAAGGAAAACAAAAGAAACACACAAAAAUCCUUAUAGUUGUCAUCAUAGUAAUAGCUAUGAUUGUAUUGGCAUCAAUAGCAUCACUCUUAUUUAUCCAAAGUCGCCGCGGCCGGCGGCGGCAAAACUUACACCUCCAACCCAUAUUAGGCCUACAACUAAACUCUCAAAAGACACCAAGUCUCAAAGAGACACAAUCCAAUGUUGAUCUAACUGGUGAAUUUAGUAAAGGUGAUGAGCAUGGUGAAUUGAACUUUGUUAGGGAAGACAAAGGUAGUUUUGAUUUGCAAAGCCUUCUUAGGGCCUCAGCUGAGGUGCUUGGAAGUGGAAGUUUUGGAUCAACUUAUAAAGCUAUGGUUUUGAAUGGACCAACUUUGGUUGUAAAGAGAUUUAGGCACAUGAACAAUGUUGGGAGAGUGGAGUUUUUUGAACACAUGAAAAAGCUUGGAAGUUUGACACAUCCUAAUUUGUUGCCUCUUGUUGCUUUCUACUAUAGAAAAGAUGAGAAGUUUUUGGUUUAUGAUUUUGGUGAAAAUGGUAGCUUGGCUAGUCAUCUACAUGGUAGAAAUGGAAAUAUACUAACAUGGUCAAAUCGUUUAAAAAUCAUAAAAGGAGUAGCAAGAGGCUUAUCACAUCUCUACAAAAAGUUCCCUUCACAAAACCUACCACAUGGUCAUCUAAAAUCCUCCAAUGUAAUGCUAAACAAUUCAUUUGAUCCACUUUUAACAGAGUAUGGACUUGUUCCUAUCACAAACAAAAAUCAUGCUCAACAAUUCAUGGCAUCCUACAAAUCACCAGAAGUCACACACUUUGAUAGACCAAAUGAGAAAACAGAUAUUUGGUGUCUUGGAAUCUUAAUACUAGAACUAUUAACAGGAAAGUUUCCAUCAAAUUAUCUAAGACAUGGAAAAGGUGAUCAAGGUUCUGAUUUGGCAACAUGGGUUAAUUCAGUUGUGAGAGAAGAGUGGACAGGUGAAGUGUUUGAUAAAGAUAUGAUGAAGACAAGAAAUGUUGGUGAAGGUGAGAUGUUGAAGCUUUUGAGAAUUGGAAUGUUUUGUUGUGAAUGGAGUGUUGAGAGAAGAUGGGAUUGGAAAAUGGCUUUGGCUAAGAUUGAAGAACUUAAGGAGAAAGAUAAUAUUAAUAGUGAAGAUGAAUCUUUUUCUUAUGUUAGUGAUGGUGAUUUGUAUUCAAGAGGUGUCACUGAUGAUGACUUCUCUUUUUCUGUUAAUGAUCAUUCACAUGUUGAUAACUUUGGGAAUGUAGUAUAGGGUAGUAGAGUUUGUUUCACUUGUUAUCAUUUUAUAGUGUUAAUUAGGAUCAUUAUAUGUUAAUUAGUGUUGAACAUGGUUUUAAACUGCAGGUUGCAGUUUAAAACAAAAGCUAUGUUUUGACUAAUAAAUA